AUGUACUACGAUCUAGACGACAUUGCAAAAGACCAGCAAACUCUCCCAUGCAAGUUCAACGUGACAGUUCCUAACCUUGGGUACUUGGUAGGUGCACCCGGUACCGAAAUGAAAAAAGAUGCAACUGUAGACUUGCCAGUAUGGUUGCUUCGCAUUUUAGCCCAAACACCAAUCGCUCCUGAUUCUACAACUCCAUUUGUCACACCACUACCCACAAAGGAGUUUGCUGCUCGAGUACUCAAUGCUCUUAAAUCAGAUCCGUCCAGUGUUGACCUGCGAUUACUAUCACCGGUAUUUUUCCGUCUUGCCGAGCAGUGGCUUACACUUAUGGACGCUCCAGAACUUGCCAGUGUUCUCAUUGAAUCUUUUAAAAAUCGUGCAGCAGAAAUCGCGGAUCUUGCUACUGCAAAAACUACUCGAGAUGCAUCUGAAUUCUUACAACGACUGGAUUCUACCGAAUCCCGCCUCUAUCGGUCUACGCAUGAAGCAAAUAAAGAUUUGAAAACGUGGCUUGCUACGAACCAACUGUGA